UACGGAGAUUUCCCCUAGGUUAAUAUUUUGUGGUUAUGUUUGUUUUGGUUUCAAAAGGGGUUUCAGGAAGUUUCUGGUUCUAGAACAGUCUCUAAAAGCUACACAUUAAUAAAAUAUGGCCCUAUAUGUGAAAAAAGCAACUUGCGAGGCCUUAACCCCUCUACUCACUUUCAAAAGAUUCAGGGGGAAAAUAAACGUGCAAAGACCGCAAGUGCCCCAUUUCGAAAAAGCGAAAUUCUUAGCCCUCACGAAACCAUGGUUCUUAUCGAAGACCAAGGGCAAAACUCCAUUAGAAUUGUGCACCAAAGACGCGAUACCCCCUUACAAACUAAAAGAGGAUGAAGAAAAUAUGUUUCAAAAAAUUAUCGCUCAGGAAGUGAACAGAUGGUUUCACACAUCGAAGCUUAUCGGUCUGUGCCAUCUAAAUCCGAUGCCGAGGGAGCAACAGUUUAACGCGUUCAAAGCUUUUAAGUUGUCCAAUAUGCAUUUUCGACAGUAUGGCAAAAAGACCCUCGAGAUGGCCAUCAAAGGCACUAAAUAUGAGACCGUUUUGGACUUUUAUGUGUCCAGGAAUAUGUUGAUAUUUAGUCCAGAACCUGAGAUUAAACAGAUGUUGAAGAUUUUGAAGAAAUUUCCUGCAGUGGUUUUAAUGGCGGGAAUAUAUGAAAACAGACUGGUCAGCAAAGAUGACCUACAAUAUUACAGCACUAUCCCGAGCUUAGAAGUAGCCCAGGCUGGUCUAGUGCAAACUCUAAACGCUGCUGGAUCCCAACUGGUCAGCAAUCUGAACGCGCAUCAAACCACGUUAGUGUCACAUCUGGAAGGAAGAGCAAAACAACUUGGGGAAGAAAAAUAGUGUAAUAUAUAAAUAAGUUGUACAGUAAACUGUUAUUUUUUC